AUGAGUUUUGGCUGGGAGUCAACGCUCCGAAACCUUACACAGUGGGCCAGCCCCUCACAAACCACAUCGUGGACCCCUACAGCAAGGCCACCGACAGUGGUGAAGCAGCGAAAAAGAGGGCGCCCAGCUCCGUGCGCCACUUGGCUCGACCGCGGGGUUCCCGAACACGAGGCGGGAAGCCAAAAAACAGCUCCGUUCACUGAUUGGCUGAACGAUGAUGCCCACGAGUUUGUGUCCGCCGUCAUUGAAGCAGCUAGGAUGGUGCUCCUAAGGAUGGCAAACACAGCAGAAGCCUCUGCAAGGCUCACCAGACCCCGACAUCACAAGCAUGUGGAGUACCAUUUCCAUGUGACAAACCUGAAAAGGGCCACGGAUACCUUUAUGGCCCUCUACGUAACCAGAACUGGCCCCGACGUGACCCCGGGUACCAUCAUUUGUACUGCAACAGAUCAAAUCUGGUUUUGUUGCAACGUCAGUGGCCGUGCCAGUAUCAUCUGGGUCAUGAACCAAAAUGCAGAUGAAGCGGACCCCACAGAUCUGGUACUGACCUGGUAA